AUGUCACGCCAGGGGUAUGCUGAUCCAGCCUACGAAGCACAUACGCUGGUAACCAGCCUGUAUGAUCCAGCUAACCAGCGCGUCCCGGCCCGGAUCAAUGAGAUUCAGAAGCGACUGCAACAGCUCCAAAAGGGCGAAGAUGCCUGGGAAAUUGCAGAUUCCCUUCUUCGCGAGCGAUCCGCGCACCAUAGGUUCAUGGGUGCUCUUACUUUCACAGUGAAGCUGAACGUAUCGGGGGGUGAUAUCGAAGAGCCGAUGAUUCUGCAAAUCCUGGAACGCUUGGUAAAUCAUUUCGUUGCCAUCGUCAACGAGGGUGAGCAAGCAAUGGUGAUCAGGAAACUGGCCUCCAGCCUGACCACUAUUUUCCGACACCCCAAAUCUCCCUGGACAAAGGCUAUCUGGAACCUGGCUGCAAGUCUUGCCAAUGGAGGAUUCGUCUCAGAGGAGCAGACUCAGACAGUCAAUUUCGUGGACGGUGUCCUACCAGCGCUAAAUACGCAGCAAGCGUUGGCAUUGUCGUUCUUCUCGGUCGCGUUAGCUGAAGAUGGAUUGCGAUUGGAGGUCGAACCGCAGGAUGUUAAGCCAAUUCUCGAGAGGUGUCAAGCAAAUAUUGAAGAUGGUUUUCUGCUUGUUCAAUACAUAAUACAGCAGAUUUCCCAUUCGCAGGCUGCACUUCGAGAAGGAUCCCCAGAGGUGGCUUUAGCCGAGGAAGCGAUGAGCUCGUGGAAGGCCUGGUUGGGUGUUUAUGCAAGUCGGUACACAUCCAGCGACGAAAGUCUUCGAGGCCACGCUAUCUCAUGCGGACAAGAUAUUAUCAAAAUGCUCAGGACACCAACUUUGAGUGAAAAUGCUGCCUCUACUCUCACAAUAGCCUUUGAAAAUCGACGCUGGUCUUUUGAUGAUAACUCCAUCGAGGCAUUGUCACAAAUCCUCUCCGAUUCAAUCGUGACGAGGCACAUCGUUGCUGUCACCCAGGGGGAGGAAGGUUCUGAGAGCUUGGCCUUCAUAGAUCUUCUCGUGGCCUAUCUUUCAUUUAUGCACUUGGAUCUAUUCACGGAUCCGGUCAAACCCCAGAAUAUCCAGAUCUUGUCCAUCGCACAAAGCAUCUUCAAAACACCCGGAUAUGCAUCCAUUGACGAUUCGGCAACUCCUCGAGUCUUGGAAUACUGGAAUGAAAUUGCGGAAUGUAUAACCGAUGAAGUCAGCUCGGAUAGCGAGAAGUCUGAAAAGCUCAAGGGCGAGCUUCUCAAGGGCCAAUUAGCCGAAGUUGUGCUUGGUCUGUUCCAAAAACUCUUGUAUCCCGCACCUGAGGAUAUGGAAGACUGGGGCGACGAUGAGCGGAGUGAAUUUCAUGCAUUUCGAUACGAAGCUUGCGACUACCUGCUAGCAGCCUACCCUAUCCUGGGCGUAGAGCUAGUGAGCGUUUUCCAGGAAAGCGCAACAACGCACCUCGGCAAUCAAGAUUGGCGUGGCUUUGAAGCCGCGAUGUUUUGUAUUGCCCAGCUCUCCGAGGCAGUUGAUGAAAACGGACAUGCAGAUCAAUGCCUAGAUGCCAUUUUUGGCAGUGAAGCCUUUACUCAACUCUGCACAUACAGUCACGCCAAUAUCUCCCUCAAAGCCCGCCAAACACUGGUGGAUACUUUCGGAAAAUAUCAGUCAUACUUUGAACGUCACAACUCCCUUCUUCCGGGAGUAUUGAACAUUCUUUUCCAGUCACUCAGCUAUGAACCAUGCGCGCAUGCAGCCUCGCGAUCUAUUUUGACACUUUCAAAAUCCUGCGCUCGUGUCUUGACCGUAGAGCUCCCUGUUUUCCUCGACCAGUUUGACCAAUUCCGCACGAAGCCGACCGCGACUGUGUCGACCAUGCCGAAGGUCCUCGAGGGCAUUGCGGCCAUCAUUCAGAGGUUACCUGCCGAUGAAGAGAAGGCUCAAACACUAGAAAGAAUCUUUGGAUUCUUUGUUCAGGAGGCUAAAAGAGCGCGAGAAGAGGCUAGCUCGGCAUAUGAAGCAGCCCGCGAACACGGUCACCUUAUUCUAGGCUGCAUAGCUAGCAUUGGAAAGGGCCUUCGCACGGAAUCAGACGAAGUAAUCAAUCUUGACGCAGCAGAGGAGCAGAACCCGUAUCCACCAUCAUUCUGGAAUGCUGGACCAGGCUCUGGAGUACAGCAGCUGAUUAUGGAAGCAAUGCGUCUUCUCAUUGUGGAUUUCCCAGUAGAUAGUGGCAUCAUAGAAUCGGCUUGUGAUAUUCUCAAGGCUGGGUACACCGAGUCAUCGGGGCUUUUCGUCUUUCCUCCCUCAUUGACCGUUGAUUUCAUCAAAAACUUCCCGCUGGGUAUUUCUGGGACAGAUGUGAUUAUGGCCACUGCAUCCUCUUUCCUUGCUUCCCACGCCUCGCACUCGGCACACAUUCGCGACGAAGCCAUUUCCUUGAUCGUUCACGUGGCCCAAUUGUUCGCCUCCAUGCUCGAAAACCCGGACCUCUACGAUCCGGAAACCGCCAAUGCCGGCAUAGACUUCCUUGCUCGCCUUCUCCCGAAAUACUACCACAUUUUGUUCUCGUUCUCGCUUUCGACACCAGUCCCAUCUUCGAACGGUGAUACCUCAGUGCAACGUCCACCGGUUUUCAUUAUCCUUCUGAAUUUCACAAUCCAUGCACUCAGCAGACCUGAACCUCUGACCAUACGCUCCGGUUCGAACUUCUGGGUCACCCUGAUGGAUCUCCGUGGCCGCACACCAGAAGAGACAGCAGACAUCGAACGAGUCCUGGAGCAAUUUAUUCCUCCACUGUGUCAAACCUUAAUCCGACAGUUCGCUGGGCGCUGCUCACGGUCCGAUCUCCCAUCCCUCACUGAUGCACUCCGACGUACGAUCUUCAACAAGAUGAGACAGGCACGGCCUAGCCUGGAGGCCGCGUUGGAGACACUCGACGCUCAGGUGAUCGAUGCGAAUGGCAACUUGGUGCCGGUUUUCUCUCCGCAGGACAAAUCGCGUUUCCUGGAGACUCUUAUGGUUGCCAGGGGUGCCCGGUCGCAAACGUUGGAACUCGUUAGGUCGUUUUGGUUGAAAUGUCGCAACAUGAGCUUUGAUUACACUCAAUAG